CUCGCUUCCUUCUCCGUCCCAAAGAGAGGAGGCCCUUUGUUGCCCGGGCUCUCGGCGGCCCCGCCCCCUUCUUCGCGCCGCGCCCCGCCUGGCCCCGCCCCCGGAGCUGGAGCCUCCCGGCGGGAUGCUGUUGGGGGCGCCCUCCGCCCCUCGGCGCCUCUGAGAAGCCGCGGGAGGAAAGGGAGGAGGGAGACAUGAGCCACUUCCAGCGGGGGGUCGCGCUGCUGCUGCUCUCCCUCUCCCUGGAGUAUUCAGAUGCCAAAAAACAGUGCUGGUACUUUGAGGGGGUGUAUCCUACAUAUUAUGUAUGCCGCUCUUAUGAAGAUUGCUGUGGUUCAAGGUGUUGUGUGAGGACUCUAUCAAUCCAGAGACUAUGGUAUUUUUGGUUCCUGCUGAUGAUGGGAGUUUUGUUUUGUUGUGGGGCUGGUUUUUUUAUCCGAAGACGGAUGUAUCCUCCUCCGCUGGUUGACGAAACAACUUAUAAUGUGUCAUAUACUCGGCCACCUAACCCCAAUACAGCAGGCACACAGCAGCCAGGAAUGGCAUACUACCCGGAGCCAGAGGGAGCUGUGAUGAGCCCUAUGGCAAUGACUUACCACGUCCAGCCGAAAUUUCCACACGUGAACCCAGUUUACCCACCCCCUCCUUCGUAUUGCAAUACCCCUCCUCCACCAUAUGAGCAGGCUGUGAAAUCUUCAACGUAACCUCAGGGUUGCAGGAUGUGGUGACUUGGCUAGAAAGAGACAGGAUUGGGAGCUAUGAAACAUUUCUUAGUGCUCCAGCAUCCUUUGCUCUUUUCACAGUUAGUAUUAUUUGAACAAGAGUGGCAGAUUUGCAGCAUCGGGUGAAUUAUUGUUUGGUAUAUUCCAAGCGAAAGUCUUUUUUUUUUUGUAUGUGUGUGUGUUUCUAAACCAAUAUUUAUAUCCCAUACAAUCUGCUUUUAAAAUUACUCUCAAUUGUGGUCUCAAUGCAUAUAUUAUGGCGCAGAACAAUGUCCCCCAGCCUAAAUGUCCUAGAGCUCUUUCCAAAAUUUUAAAUAGUAGAAGGAGACAUCAGCAAAUAUGAAGAGGAGAUAGCUCAAAUAAUUUUAAUAAGGAAGAUGGGUUGUCUCUGCUAAAAAAAAGCUCAGAGAACUGAGAAAGGACUGGAUGAAGAUGUCUCCAAGCAACUUCGGCAAGACGAUGUGUGAGAACAGUCUCUAUCUUGGAAUAAGACCCACCUAUGUUUCAAUAGCACAACCAUGAGAUGGGACAAGGUUGUACCAUCCCACAUGUCUCAACCCCACUCUUCUAACUCUGGCUCUAUUUUUGUUUCUGCCAGAGUGAAUUGAGGGAGCGGGGGAGUCUCUUGUUGCCAAUAGUUAAAAUGGCAAUAUGGUGAUAUGAAUGUAAUAACAAAUCAUUGGUUUUGUUUGGGGAAAAGUGACAGGUCCAGGUCUAACCACAGAAAAGUUGAAUUGCCUAAUAAAUAUUUUUAAACUACAGAGAAUUUCAGAAGUUAGAAAUGGUUUUGCUGUGGGCAGCCAUAAGCCCCUCACUGUGUACAUUGAAGGUGAAUUAUGUCUGCUAUUAAGAAUCUGAGAGACAGGUGUGUAGAACACGGGGAGCCAUGGUUUGCAAGGCAGAUACAUGACAUGCAGGGACUUUGUGAAGGCAAACCUGCUCUUGGCUUGGUUUCAUGAGUAAAAUGGCCCUUAGAUUUGGCCUGGAUGAUCAGUAUUUCUCCUCCAUAUUCCUUUCAGUCUUACAUUCAUUUUUAAGAUUACACCAAGCAUAACAUU